GUUAGACAGAGCAGGACAGGACAGGCGGGCGGGCACAGGCCCGGGCCCAGCCGCCUCAGCAGCCGUCAGGCAACAUUUUUCUGCCCCUUCUCCACCACCAACCUCCCCCACCCCCACCCACAGCCCCAGGGCUCAGGGCUCCCUCUGCUGGCUUGUGGGAGGUGGGGUCAGUGUGGGGACCUUAGGAGCAGGGGCGGGGAAAUAGAGGGAGGCUGACUUGGAGAUCCUUCAGAGGGCAUUGGGCAACCAGUGGGCUGUGAUCCCUUUGGCCUCAGUGAUCCACCCAGGAGGGCCUGCUGGGGAAGAGGAGGGUCCUAGAGGGUACAUUUGGUCCAGGAGCAGGGCUGGAUGGAGGAGGAGGAGACGCAGGGAUCCAAGCUGAGAAGAAAUAGCAGAGAGUUGGAGAAAAGGUUGUUCUUGGAAAUCCACAAUGCUGCCUGCACCCUACGGUUUGCCCUAAACUGGGCAGGCUCAAAAGAUGAAUAAGGGUGUGAGUGGGAAGACAAACACCAGUAGUUGGAGGAAGCCCACUCUCUGGACAGGUUCUCUGCAUCUGUAAUCUGGGAGGGAGGUGGAUAUUACUAUUUUCAUCAUCCAUCUAAUGAAGACUAAGUGCCAACUUCACAUGCUAGGGACUCACUCAACAUCAUAGAACAAGCAAAUGGCAGAGCCCAGAUCCAAACUCAAGUCUGGUGGAUCCCAAAAAACCCUGAGUGUACUCCAUGAAUGCCCAUGCAUGAGCUUAUUGUCUUUUGAUGAGUUUUCUACCUAGUUGGAAAGAUAAGACAAGCAAACAUGAAAAAUUAAUUAUACCACUGGCAGGAUAACAGACACUCCCCUCCCCGCCACAAAUGAGUGACACCUUGGGGGAUGCAUGGAGGAAGGUCGGUGGGGAUUGGGGCCCAGGGAGGCUCCUUAGGGCAAGUGGGAUCUGAGGUGAGUUUGGAGAGAUGCUAAGAUUUUGAUGACUUAGGGUGGGUCUGAGUCCAGAAGUUUAGCGAUGUUAUCUGGAAUAUAUUUGGAGUUAAUCAACCCUGCUAGGAGUACGGGGCUGUGUGGAGGAUGCUGUGGGAGGCCACCGGAAGUCUUCUGAUAUCUAACGUGCCCAUUUCCCUACAGCACUGUUUGUGUUUGAAAUAUUCAUCUACUGUGUCUUGCAAUAGGGAUCCCCCCACCAGUGGCCAGAGUCAGUUGUCUCCUGUCUUGCUCAUCUGCAUAACGAGGGUGAGAUGGGUGGGGCUGAACUGGGGGAUCUCUGACAUUGUUCUUGUCCCUCUGACUCAAGAGAUGGAAAGGUAGGUUAGGCCAGAAAUCUAGGACCUCCAGGGCUUAGGUCUACAGAUGUUGCCAACAGGGACUGGCUGGCCCCUGAUACCACAUCCCUGGGCAAUUGAUCCUACCAACCAUGGUCCUUAGUAGAGAGACCUUGGUGCAGGCCAAGCCGGUUAGAAUGACCAUCCAUAGGCUUGCCCCUUCUUGUCCGCAACUUAUUUCUUUCAGGGGUAGCCUCAUUUUUUUCUAUGCCCAGGAAUGGCUGUUUGAUGAGGAUCCCAGAUCCUAUAUAUUGUGUAUGACCACCACUGUGCGUCAGACCCAAAAACAGGCAAAUUCUCCCAAAGGAGCACAUCUUCUCUGGGCUGAUCCCAGGCCAAUGCUGACCCAAAGGCCUGAAAAGCAGAGUUCACUGUCUAAGGAAGCAUAAAGGAAGGAAGGUGAAAUGGCUGUGGGCAGCCCCUUGGUUAUGGACCCUAUCAGCAUCUGCAGGAAGGCACGGCGGCUGGCCGGGAGGCAGGCCGAGUUGUGCCAGGCUGAGCCGGAAGUAGUGGCAGAGCUAGCCCGGGGCGCCCGGCUCGGGGUGCGAGAGUGCCAGUUCCAGUUCCGCUUCCGCCGCUGGAACUGCUCCAGCCACAGCAAGGCCUUUGGACGCAUCCUGCAGCAGGACAUUCGAGAGACAGCCUUCGUGUUUGCCAUCACCGCGGCGGGCGCCAGCCACGCCGUCACGCAGGCCUGUUCCAUGGGCGAGCUGCUGCAGUGCGGCUGCCAGGCGCCCCGCGGGCGGGCCCCUCCCCGGCCCUCCGGCCUGCCCGGCACCCCCGGACCCCCUGGCCCCGCGGGCUCCCCGGAAGGCAGCUCCGCCUGGGAGUGGGGAGGCUGCGGCGACGACGUGGACUUCGGGGACGAGAAGUCGAGGCUCUUUAUGGACGCGCGGCACAAGCGGGGACGCGGAGACAUCCGCGCGUUGGUGCAACUGCACAACAACGAGGCGGGCCGGCUGGCCGUACGGAGCCACACUCGCACCGAGUGCAAAUGCCACGGGCUGUCGGGCUCGUGCGCGCUGCGAACCUGCUGGCAGAAGCUGCCUCCGUUUCGCGAAGUGGGCGCGCGGCUGCUGGAGCGCUUCCACGGCGCCUCACGCGUCAUGGGCACUAACGACGGCAAGGCCCUACUGCCCGCCGUCCGCACGCUCAAGCCGCCGGGCCGAGCGGACCUCCUCUACGCCGCUGAUUCGCCCGACUUCUGCGCCCCCAACCGACGCACCGGCUCCCCCGGCACGCGCGGCCGCGCCUGCAAUAGCAGCGCCCCGGACCUCAGUGGCUGCGACCUGCUGUGUUGCGGCCGCGGGCACCGCCAGGAGAGCGUGCAGCUCGAAGAGAACUGCCUGUGCCGUUUCCACUGGUGCUGCGUAGUGCAGUGCCACCGCUGCCGUGUGCGCAAGGAGCUCAGCCUCUGCCUCUGACCCGCCGCCCGGCACCUAGACUGACUUCGCGCAGCGGUGGCUCGCACCUCCGGGACCUCAGGGCACCGGCACCGGGCGCCGCUCGAGCCCAGCCUCUCCCUGCCAAAGCCCAACUCCCAUGCCUCUGGAAAUGGUGAGGCGACGGACUUGAGAGAACACCCACCUACGAAGGCCCAGGGCGCCGGACGGCCCCGAAAAGGCGCUCCGGGAGCGUUUAAAGGACACUGUACAGGCCCUCCCUCCCCUUGGCCUCUAGGAGGAAACCAACAAGUCAGUCUAAAGGCCUCUGGAUACUGGGCUCCCCAGAACUGCUGGCCACGGGAUGGUGGGUGAGGUUAGUAUCAAUAAAGAUAUUUAAACCACUAGGGCUGGACCCACAGUUUGCGGGGAGACCCAUCUUCAGGCUGCCAGGCUCCAGAAGAAGGUAGUUUUGCUAGAACUAGCACCUUAGGGGCCAUCACCUGGGUCCCUGUCUCCCGACCAGGUUGGCCUCUCCUGGAAACUCACUAUCCCCCCUUGGUAUUCUUCUUGUUCACUCCUGUCACACAUCUAGGGCCUGGAUCUGCAAGCCGGAGAAGAACUAGCAAUUCCUCUUUAAAGGGACAGGGGCAUCAGAAGCUUCCGAUGGUAUGCUCAGCUCUCAAACUCGUCCUUGUCUUAACUUUUAGGGGAUUGUGUCUGUUUCUGUGACUCCUGGGGAAUUUCUGGGUAAACUUUUGGGGAUACCUAAGCCCAUGGGAUUAAAGCACUUUAUAAACUGUA